AUGGGCAUAGCCCUUUAUGUUGCAUACCAGGCACUUAUGGCCAAUGAAACUCCAGUGGCGUGUAUCUUGGUUAAAGAUGACAAGGUCAUCAGUAUAGGAUCCAAUCUCACAAAUGAUAGUUUGAAUGGUACUAGGCAUGCAGAAUUUAUAGCUAUUGAUAGUGUAUUAGACGGUUUGAAAGACCGUAAGCCGGAAACCAUACGAGAAGAAUUUCAAAAAUUAACCCUUUAUGUCACUGUGGAGCCUUGUAUCAUGUGUGCUUCUGCGCUAAAGCAAUUGGGAAUUGGUAAAGUCAUCUUUGGAUGCGGUAAUGAUAGAUUUGGUGGUAAUGGUACAGUUUUGAAUGUUCAUAGGGACAAUAUUGGCGAAACAUACAAAUCGUAUGGAGGUAUUUUACGCUGUGAAAGUAUCCAACUACUUCGAAACUUUUAUAUUCAAGAGAACGAUAGUGCACCUAUCCCUCAAGUAAAGAAGAAUAAAGAUUUAUUGAAGCCUUAUCCGCCAAUGGAAUGGGAUUUGUAUGACAAGGUAGACCUAUUUGACGGUAAGGGUAGAGAAGUAGCACCAGGAGGCAGCUACAAGUUAAUAGAUUUGGUACAGCCUGAAGAUUUAAAAGUAGCUGGGGAUGUGGAUAUGGAAUUCUACGAUUAUUUUUAUGAUAUCAAAGAUGGAGAAGUAGAUUUCAACAAGGCUGUUAAGAUAGUUGACGGCAAAAGGAGACGAGUUAAUGAAGAGUGA